UAGAGUGAAACGGAAAUGGAUAACAAGAACUGCAUACAAGAGCAUUAUGGCCAUCGUCGACAGCCCGCCCUGGGCAAGGCCAUGCCCGUGACGGCUCUGCUAUUGAAUCUCAAUCUGGAUGAUGGCACUCGCCGGCGUCAGGAUGUCCAGGAGGACCGGGAUGAAGACGACGAGAAUCCCCCACGAUACUUUAAUGUCACAGAUGAGCCACCAUCGCCCGAUGGAGGGGAAGAGCCACCCCCACCGCCAGCCCACUAUCGACAGGAACCACAGCUGGCCGGAUCCUCGGCGGAGCCCAAACCCUGCCUGAAUUGUUUGGGACUAGGAGAUCACCAGAUGACCUCCUCCUCCACGUCGGCCAUCAAUGAGAUGUGCCUGCGUCUGUGCGGAGAUGAGUGCCGCCAGCCGCAAGGUCUCUCCCUCGGUGGCCAGCGUCUGCGCCAGGAUUUCCUCAAGCAAUACGAAAUUGCGGAAGCACUGGCCAAGACCUCGGCAAUGACCUCCACUGUGCAAAUGAGGCAGCGUCUGGCCGCACGUAAACUGGAAAUCGAUUUUGAAAUGGAUGUCGAACUGGAUGCCACCAAGCAGCAACAUCAGCAGCAACAGCAGCAGCAGGGUGUGGCCAGCCCCAGCCCCAACUCAAACUCCAAUCGAAGACAGACUGCAGCUGCCGUUGGAGGAGACACGGUGCCGCCGUCAUCGUCGUUUGCCGUCGAUUAUGAGCCGCCUCGCGAUCUGCUCUUGUAUCUUGUGAGAAUGGGCUCAUUCAAUUCGGCACCAAAGAUCAACAAUGUGGACUCCCAGGACGAUGGUCUCGAGCUGCCCAAGGGUCUUCUGAGCACAUCGGCAUUGCUGCAACAUGUGCAGCAGUCAAGGGGCAUGGGCAUCGAACAGCCAUCACUCCUGUCCCGAUGCUUCCUCAAGCCCCUGUUGAUGGACGAGGAUGUCACCGAUGGAUUGCGUUGUCUCCAGCUGAACUCUGUUUCCAGAGUUUGCAGUGCACCCAUUGAAGGCGAUAGUUCGCAGAACAUUCGAUUGCUACAGUGGAAUAUUUUGUCGCAGACUCUGGGCCAGCAUAACGAUGGCUUUGUACGCUGUCCCGAAGAGGCGUUGGAUUGGCAGCAUCGCAAGUACCUGAUUGUCCAAGAGAUCCUGCAGAAUCAGCCCGAUGUCAUUUGUCUGCAAGAAGUGGACCACUUCAAGUUCCUGCAGACCGUCUUGGGCAGCCAGAACUAUGCGGGCAUCUUCUUCCCCAAACCGGACUCGCCUUGUCUGUACAUAGAGCAGAACAACGGACCCGAUGGCUGUGCCAUUUUCUACAAACGCGACAAGCUGCAGUUGAUGGGCUACGACACGAGGGUCCUGGAGGUGUGGCGUGUGCAGAGCAACCAGGUGGCCAUUGCGGCCCGACUCCAGUUGAAGGCCUCCGGCCGGGAGUUCUGUGUCUGCACCACCCAUCUGAAGGCACGGCAUGGCGCCCUGCUGGCCAAGCUGCGCAAUGAGCAGGGACGAGAUCUGAUGCGAUUCGUUAAACAGUUUGCUGGCGAGACGCCUCUGCUGCUGUGUGGGGACUUCAAUGCGGAGCCCAUCGAGCCCAUAUAUGCCACGAUACUCGGCUGCGAUCUGUUCAAGCUAGGCAGCGCCUACGCGGAUGUUAAGCUGGAGCGAGAGCAGAUCCUACAGCACAGCGAGGAUGUCAAUGAGUUUGUCUCGCAGUCGAUCAAGCGUGAGCCGCCCUACACCACCUGGAAGAUACGCGAGGAGGGCGAAGAGUGUCACACCAUUGACUAUGUCUUCUAUACACCCGAUCACCUCAAGAUCAAAAACUGUCUGGAAUUUCCGGCAGGCGAAGAGAUUGGCAAAAAUCGCACGCCCAGCUAUCGGUAUCCAUCGGAUCAUUUCUCUUUGGUCUGUGACUUUGAGCUGCUCGAUGGCCCACCACCGACCUCUGGCUCGGGGGAUCAGGCGGACAAGGCGAGUGACAGCGAGGGGGAGGGCAGCAAACAUGGCAACAUACAAUAGCCAAGGCGCCACAAAGCAUCCGCAAAUUCACCAGAUGACAAGUUUCAAUUACAUUACAUCGAUUGUGAUAUUAGUUGUUAGAUACAUUUUAGCCUCAUAACUCGUACACAUACACGAGUGUUGCACGACGACAGUUUGCAGCUUUUUACAAGAAAUAAUCCAAAAUUCACAAUAAAUAAAUUAAUUAAGUUGGAAGAAAGUCAAAAAAAAA